UUAGCCAAAAUUGUAGCUUGGCGCAGCCGUUUGUUUUUUCCAUUAAUUUUUCUGGCCCGGCCGUGAAAUCAAUAAUCAUCAAAUAUUUAAAGCUGUCGUGGCCACAAAUUUAGCAUGACGGAAUACACUGAAGUGUUGCCCCACAGGGGCCUAAUGGAUGGAAUCUCCUUGCGAGUGGGCGUUCCCGUGGAGGCCCUGCGAUUGUUGCUCACCAUUUUGGCAGGCUAUCCCGUGGCUAUCUUUUAUCUGAAAUUCGUCGCCAGCAUAAACAAUAAAAAAGUGCACCACUUGUUCUUUGCCGCCAGUGGCGCCGGAUUGUGCUACUUCAACUAUGGCUCCGAUACAUAUCACUCCCUGGUGGGCAUUAUGACCACAUAUUUCCUGGUACUCAUCUUCCGGAGAAAGACUCAACUGUUCCUGACCCUUAACUUUGUAUUCCAUAUGGGAUAUCUGCUGUUGGGUUACUUCUUCACCUCCAGCAACGAUUACGAUAUCCUGUGGACAAUGCCCCAGUGUAUUUUGGUCCUCCGAAUGAUUGGAUUUGGGUUUGAUGUCACUGAUGGCCUGAAGGCAGAGUCUGACCUGUCCAAGGACCAGAAGGAAACAGCGUUAAAAAACCCACCAUCACUGCUAGAGCUAUUGGCCUUCGCCUAUUUCCCCAGUGGAUUUUUGGUGGGGCCGCAGUUCCCAUAUCGCCGAUAUCAAGCAUUCAUCAACGGACAGUACCGUGAACACGAGGGAAGUGUUGAGGCCAGCGCUCGUCGCUUCGGAGCUGGAGCCUUCUACCUAGUCGUGUGUCAAGUGGGACUCAGUUAUUUCCCCGACUCUUACUUCCUCACCCCUGAGUUUGCGAAGCAGGCCUUCCUCAAGAAAAUUUAUUAUUUGGGCUUCUGGGCUAAGUUCAGUCUGUACAAGUAUAUCUCUUGCUGGCUGCUCACCGAAGGAGCCCUCAUAGGCAUUGGACUGACCUAUAAGGGGGAAAAGAAGAACGGUGAGCCCGACUGGUCCGGCUGCAGUAAUGUCAAGUUGAUGCUCUUGGAAACUGGCAACACGAUGGAACACUACGUGCAGAGCUUCAAUGUAAACACGAAUCAGUGGGUGGGACAGUACAUUUACAAGCGUCUCAAGUUCCUCAACAAUCGCACGAUUAGCUAUGGCGCAGCUCUGGGCUUUCUAGCUGUAUGGCAUGGAUACCACAGCGGAUACUACAUGACCUUCCUCAUGGAGUAUAUGGUCGUGAGUACGGAAAAGCAAAUUACCCGCUUCUACACCACCGUAGUUUUGCCCAAGUGGGGCGACGUUCUCAACAGCUCUGACAUCUACAGGCUGCUGUACUUCAUUGCUCUGAAAUCCUACAACAUUUGCUUCAUGGGCUGGUGUCUCACGGCAUUCGUUUACCUGAAAUACGAGCGAUGGAUCGUGGUUUUUGGCGCUGUUAAUUACUAUGGCUUCAUUUUCCUUAUCCUCUGGGCUGCCUUUUAUCACACCUACCGAACCUUUUUCCGGGUUAGUUCGAGAAAUCCAGGCGGCGAGGAUGUAAAGCAAGUGGAGAAUACGACAGAAGACAAAAAAUCACAAGAGCAAAUUAAUGGAGAAAAGAACGCAGAUGACAAGAAGUCUGAGUAGACAGAAUGUAUGGAAAGAUAGUAGUUUGAAAGAUUUCAAAAUUUUAGUUACUCCUUGACAAUUGUUUGGAAUUGGUAUUUAUCAUAAUCUUACUAACCAAAUAAUGUGUUUUACCAAAUAAUAUGCCACUGUAACUAGAGAUUUGUUAACUAGCUGUCGAAAAGAACAAUUUUUUACAUAUAAUUCGGCUGCCUAGUCAAGGAGGAGUCAUCCCCAAGUAUACAGUGUGUUUUAUGGCGAUAAGAUACUGGCUUAUCUGGCCCCAAAACAGCACAUUGUCAGUCGUAUAUAUGUACGUUAUGGAAUUGUAAAUUGUAUAAGUGUUAAAAUCAUGAUAGAUCACAUAUAAGACUUUUAAGAGACCCGGGUCUAUGAAAAUCAAAUAAUUUAUGUAACAGAUUUCUUGUAUUUAAUGAGGGAGCAUCAUUCACGGAAUCGUAACUAAGCCAUAAAGACAAUUUUAUACCAAUGCAAGGAUUAAGGAAUGAAAGAUAUAUUUUGAUAUGCUCACAUUAAGUGCAAAUUUCUUUAAUGGAAACGCGAAAUAAAUGCAAUGAAGUUAUUUUUAGGUAA